ACAAGUCAAACCCCCGUAACGGCUAAACCUCACUUUAUGACUACAAAUUACACCUUCAUGCAUAAGCCUAUAUAAAUAUAUACCCUUUAGUCUCUCUUCAUUAUUUAUCUCCUCUCUCUUUCUCUCUAGUGCAAGUGUAGUUUGCAACUUUGCAUCAGCUAGCUAGUUAGGGACACCAUAUACCACCACCAAAAACCACCAUGCAUCAAAACCAAAACACAUCAUCACAAGACAGUAAAGAGAAAAGACCCAAGUUCUUCAUCAACGACCACAUUGACAUCCUCGUCGAGAUCCUCAAACGCCUCGACGGCCCCUCCCUUGGCGUCGCCGCAUGCGUCUGCCACCUCUGGUCCACCGUCGCCAGAAAUGACACCAUCUGGGAACACCUUUGCUUCCGACACGUGUCAUCUCCCCCUCCCUGCUCCGUGAGACCCGUAGUCGUCGCCCUCGGCGGCUACAAGAGGCUCUACAGGGUCUGCAUGCGCCCUGUCCUGAGUCGACUCAGUGACUCGGACAUGGUCAAGCGAGUCUGGACGCGGGACGAGAUCCAGCUCUCGCUUUCGUUGUUCUGUGUCGAUUACUACGAGAGAAGCGGGAGGCUCGGCGCCGGUGGUGGCGGGGAUGCGUCCGCAUCGUCUCUCAUGUUCCUCUGCAACACUGUGAAUGUGUGAUUCGUUGACUUUUUGGCACUUUUGAAUGUAGUGGGUCCGAGUGAGUAAUAGUAGUAUUCAUAUCGUAAAAAAUGAUUUUUUUUUUAUUUUUUUUUAUUUUUACUACUAGGGUUACUAAAUAACUGUGAUUUGAUUUAUUAAUUUUGGAAGGGGAAGAAGCGAGAUGGUAGAAACCUACUUACUUAUUUAUUUUUAAUUUUUAAUUUCUUAA